AUGGCAUUUAAAUAUAAACCGUCGCUUGUGCGGUUAACACUGAUAUUAAGUUCGUUUGUUCUUGACGUUAUAUGCUUUACACCUCUACCCCGGUUUGCACAAAAUUCAGCACACAUUGGCAAUAGAAUUUAUUAUAUGGGAGGAUUCGUUUCUCUACCAGAACCCAUAAUAUCAGAUUUCUUUUAUUUGGAUAUAUCUACAUUUACUUCAACAGAUUCGGGAAAUUUACCAUGGACGGAACUUACAGGUCUAGACAAUUUGUUUACAAGUUGGGGAACAGCGGUGGCCGGAGGUGCAAAUAAAGAUUUAUUUGUUCUUUUCGGUGGGCAAAUGACUCCCUCUGAAACCAGUAGUAUCGUAAUUGUAUAUGAUACUAAAAGUAAUACAUGGUCCAAACCUGAAAUUUCAACUGUUAAUGAAACAAAUUUAUUUUUUUUAAAUGAUAUGGCAAUUUUGGAUACUGUUAAUUGGGCCUGGAGUUAUGGAACUCAAGAUGGUGCUCCUGAAGCAAGAAAUGAUUUUUCUGCUACGAUCUUAAGUAAUGGUUAUAUUGUUUACAUCGGUGGAAGUAAUUUAAAUAAUCGCUAUGUUCCUAUGACUCAGUUGAACAUGUAUGAUACCAACUCUGCUGCUUGGAUUAACAUUGAAGCUACAGGUGACACUCCAAAUCCGCGCGGUGGCCAUUCCGCUGUAUUGACAACGGAUGGACGCAUUAUUAUUUACGGUGGAUCAUUUUUGAUUUCAGCAGAUGGUAGAUAUACUGCGGCAAGUCCUGAUUUGGCAGUUUUAGAAACCAGUAACAAUAAUUAUGUGUGGAGUAAACCUAAAGCAAGCGGAAUUUCUCCUCCUACAAUUGCUUAUCACGCUGCGUAUUUGGUUGGAGAUAACAUGAUUAUUUCUUUUGGGAAUAUCACAGAUAAAGGACCAACAUCUAAUCUAUAUGCUUUAGGAACAAAAGAUAAAAACAAUUAUAAAUGGUUAACAUCAUUGGACAUUGAAGCAUCAGUGCCACCUGGAACCAUUAGUCCAGUAAAUAAUACAUCAUCAAAUACGGGAGCACUUGUUGGGGCAAUAAUUGGUAGUCUCAUUGGAUUACUACUAUUAGGGGGAGGAUUAUUUUGGUUUUAUAGGUUUAACAAAAAUAGAAAAAUGAUGGAAGGAGUAAUAGAAACUCCAGGAGAAUCUACAGAUGUUGGAUUUUCCAGAAGACAUGAAACAAUGAAUAGUACUACAACAUCACAAUCUUCUUAUGAUUAUAGUAGAAAUUCAACAAAUACUAAAGUAGAAGAAGGUGAUCAUUCAAAGGAAUUUCCUCCUAGUAACUUAUCUAUUCAAUAUAAUCUUGAUAUUGACGAUGACGAUGAUGAUAAAGAAUUUAGAGUUCUGCCUGAAGAACUACAACCUGAAUAUUUAGAAAAGAAAUACAAUUAA